AUAAGCCUAUUUUUUGAUAAGGUUUAUUUCUACUGACAUUCAAUUCAUUGUCUCUCUCUUUUAACUCACAAGUCACAACAACUUCAAUUUUCCCUCCAUAUUCUCAACUAUAUUAUCUCUUACGGUUUCGAUUCUUGGCAGAUUAAUAUAGUAUCCAAUUCCAAUUAAUGGCGUUGAGCUACUACGACUCCAACUGGGACUCCUUUGCGCCGGCGGAAUUAGGUGUUAAUCUCUUCAACCCCGACGACUACUUGGUGGACCCCAUCGACGCCUUCUGCAAUUCUCUCCUCUCCGACGACUUACCUUUCGCCGAUGAUGGAAUUCCCUUCGACUUCGAUCAUCUCAACUCCAACUACUUCCAAUAUAACAAUGAGCCCUUUCCCCAUUUCCCCAAACGCCGAAAGCUCUGCGAUUCCCAGCCAUUCUACCAAGAUUACUCCAUCCCGGAAUUUGUGCUUCCUCCGCCGCCACCGCUGCCAGCGUUUCCGGCUGCUGGCUUCAGCAUGGGGAGCUGCGAGGGCGUGAGGAUGAAAGAGGAGAGCUUGUCAGCGCAGAGCGUCGCCGCGAGGCAGAGGCGGCGGAGGAUCACGGCGAAGACUCAGGAGCUCGGGAAGCUGGUUCCCGGCGGCCAGAAGAUGAACACGGCGGAGAUGCUGCAAUCCGCCUAUAAAUACAUCAAAUUCUUGCAGGCCCAAGUUGGACUACUCGAAUCCCUCAAGGUCAACGAAGAGGAAGCAUCAGUUGAAGGUGAACAAGUGUUCCAGAAUCUUCUAGAAUCUCCAUUGAUUCAAGAGAAGCUCUACUCCACCGAGCAUUGCCUGAUUCCUCAGAAGCUGGUGGAAAAUUAUCCAACCAUUGAUUUUAGCAAGCAAGCAAGCGGUUAUGAUUAA